AUGACCACCCUGCCUGAAGCCAAUGCUAAAUCCGCCGUUGACGUUUUCAAAGUGUUGACCACUGAGCACCCAUGCGACAACCUCGUGUUCUCCCCUGUGAACCUCACUGCAGGCCUGGGCCUACUCGCUUAUGCAUCUAGUUGUGAACAAGCGGAUCAGAUCGAGAAGGUGGGUCUAAUCAAGCAGUAGAGAUGCAGCCUUCAGACUGGGCUCAUCAUUAGCAGAUACCUUUCCAUCACUGGUCAUAUUUGAUACAAGUUGAGAAAUGACCUCACUGUGGCUUGAUCCAGUAAUAAGCCCAGUCAACGUCUCUGCACAAAAUCCCAUAAAUGUGCAGAGAUCAAAGAAUAUUGCAUCACUAGUCAUGGAGGAGAAAUUUGGUUGAAUGGAAUGGAAAUCUUCCAAAUGGAAUCUUCCAAAUCUGUAGUUUUCAAAACAAUGUAUGAGCCAAAACCAGCUCUUUUUUAAUAGAUUUGUACUUGCCAGUACUUAUUUUGUAAAAGUAAUAUUUACAAAAAAUCAUAUAUUAGGGGGAAAUGUGCAUAAAAAUGAAGAUAUUAGUGAAAGUAGCAUAACACAUGCAUUAUAUUGGGGAAAUUGCUUGCAGAAAUGUGUACAUUAGUAAAAGAAAAUGCAUCUAAAAUGGGUUUAUUAGGAGAAUUUCACACUAAAAUGCUUGUGAUUAAAAAAAUUGCAAACUGUUGGAGAACUAAAUUUAAGAUUCGAUUCCUUCAGUUCUCAUCCUAUAUGAGAUUUGUUGCUAUCAGCUCAAGGCAAAACCAUAGAUUGCCUAAAGUUUGUUUCAAAGAUUAGUAUGCAGGAAGAUAUCCAUCCUGCCAAUGUCACAUAUGAUCUAAGAGUCAUGUGAAUCGUCCCUAAUAUACAUAUCAGGAUAAUAAGUGCUGCUGUUAUAAUAUUGCCUGUGCAACUGAAGCAAUGUUUCAAUUUCAUUCAAGGUCCUGCAUUGGGAUGAAGUGAAAGAGUGUGACAAACCCAGAAGCAGGAGCCUGGGACAUUCAACAACCAGACUAAGAAGGGUAUGUAGAAGAACGCUUGGAUAAAGGUGUAUUCCUCCCCUGCCCAUAGAACCCAGCUUGCAUAUUAGUAUUAUCUCCUGUUAUCUCAGCAUCAAAUCCAUGCCUGUUGGGAAGAAACAUAUCUGAAGGAAGAACAGAGGCAGCGAGCAGUCAAUCAAUGAAAGCGCAAAUGUCAUUUUCACAAAUACAUUUGAAACAAAAUAUUCAGAUGUGAAGUUAACUGCCCCUCCUUAAGUUGAAUGGGGAAUACAGCCUGCAAUUAUUUGUGGUAUAUUUGUGGCUUCUCAUUUGUGGUAUCAGUGCAACAUUGGGAAAACUAUACAGUUCUAUGAGUCUACUUAUGGAUACAUACAUUUUGUAACUUCAUUGCAGGCACAAGAAAAAGUUGAAACCUGCCCAAGACCAAGACCCCGUCCUGAGCCAACCAAGCCUGAAGCAACUCGCCCCAGACCAAGACCCCGUCCUGAGCCAACCAAGCCUGAGCCAACCAGGCCUGAACCAACUUGCCCCAAACCAAGACCCCGUCCUGAGCCAACCAGGCCUGAGCCAACCAGGCCUGAGCCAACUUGCCCCAAACCAAGACCCCGCCCUGAACCAGAGCAACCUAAACCUUGUGACAAGAGACGAGUCAUUCACCGCCCAGCUCCUUGCCCUGAGCCUGAGCCCGAGCCCGAGCCACGUUGUCCUAGACGCGUAAGUUGUGAAACAUCUGGAGAGUUUCAUCUAGAUGAUUUUUUCUUUAUUUUUUAUUUAAAAUUUAGGGGGCUGUCUCUAAGCAUUCUACAUGAUACCACACAACUUGUGAUAAAAUCGACAGGAAAGUAGGGAUGAAACCGCUGAAUUCUUGCUUAGAUGUGAAGUUCACUGGGAGAUGUUGAGUCAGUCACCAUCAACCCCAUCUAACGUUGCUGUGAGCAUAAAAUUGAGUAAAUCACAAGAAAGGUGUGCUGGGAUGCCUGGAGGGAUUCAGAUGUGAUAAAUGUUUACUUCAAAGUAGGCAUUCCUGAGUUCAAUAUGACUUUCAAGUAAGCAUUCCUGCCUGAGAUAAGGGUAUAGAUUUUCUUUCUCACAAGACAAACCCUUAAGAAGCAGCCAGGUGUCAUGAGAAUUAACCUUCUAUUUUGAAUCCUUAGGAUGUUCCCUGCUACGAGUGUGAGGAGCCUGAAGGAAUCCAUACAGCAUUCAGCAAAAUCCUUGCGACUCUUAAUGAGCCCAGCAGCAACUAUACCCUGAGCUUUGCCAACAAGCUCUAUGGAAACAAGGACAUUGCCUUCAUCCAGGUAACUCUAAUUUUGGCUCCUAUGGGUGCUCCACUGCACUGUGAGAACCAAGUGCACAUUGCAACCUGCAAUUGACUGUAUUCUACCAUAAAUGGCUUCAUCAUCUACUGGUGUUUGUCAAAGCUGUGCCUCAUUCCCAGGCCAUCAGAGGAAAUGAUAACAAUUACUUGCUCUACAAAGUGCUUUACUUGCAAAAUCCAAUGGUGGUGGUGGUUGCUGUUGCUUUUAUUUUUAUUAUUUAUUAUAUUUAUACCCCACUCAUCGGGAGGAAUUGGGAGGAACUGAAUUUUUGAGGGCAUUAGGCAGCAACUGGAAAAUUCCCAAAUGAGAAAGGUGAUUAUGGAUAAUAUAUGGAUCCAAUGUUUUCUUGUUCUGUUCAGAAAUUCCUUUACUGUGCUCUGAAACUGUACUUGACUGAAGUGGAGAACGCUGAUCUGCAUAAUGCCCCAGAGGAAGUGAGGAGACUCAUCAACCUUUGGGUCGAAGUCCAGACACAUGGUAAGACCACAGCACACUCCAAUGUCUUCUGGAUAUAACUUUCAUGACAGGGAGGUCAUGAUUUUUAUUCUGCAAACCAGGAACCAAUUAAAUCUUACUGAACCAACAAUCAGUUAAGAGCCCAUUCUGGGAUAGCCUCUACUCUCUUCCAAACCAGAGGAAAGGUCAGAUUAUCAAAAUAAAUUACCAUAUUUUUCGCUCUAUAAGACGCACCAGACCAUAAGACACACCUAGUUUUAGGAGGAGGAAAACAAGAAAAAAAUAUAUUCUGAAUCCCAGAAGCCAGAACAGCAAGAGGGAUCGCUGCGCAGCGAAAGCAGAGAUCCCUCUUGCUGUUCUGGCUUCUGGGAUAGCUGCGCAGCCUGCAUUCACUCCAUAAGACGCACACACAUUUCCCCUUACUUUUUAGGAGGGAAAAAGUGAGUCUUAUAGAGCAAAAAAUACGGUAAACUGGUGACCAUAAUAUUUUGUUUAUUAAAACAUUUAAAUAACUCCAUUCGGCUGCAAAGGACCACUCAGGGUAUAAUUAAGUACUUCAUCUAUCAAGUUGCUGAAUUUAUCUCCUAUAAAUAGUGAGUUAGAAGUUUUAUGCUAACUCAUACAGUGUAAUAUCAUAGCUAAAAUCUGAAUAUAUAUAUAUUUUAAUUUUUAAGAAAACCUACUAUAUCCAUUUCUUUCCCAGGUAAGAUCAAGGACCUUCUCCCCAAGGACAGCUUUGACUGCCUUGCUCAGCUCCUGCUGGUGAAUGCUCUCUACUUCAAAGGACAAUGGGAAGUGAAAUUUGACAAAGAGCUCACAGAAGAAGCCCCGUUUUACCCACACCAUGCAGAUGAGGUGAGUUAGAAACAUAUUCCUAGCUUCCUUGCUUCUUUUGUGCAGAGACAAUGUACCUUGUAACUUCCAGAAUACAUGUUUAGUGUUGGAGUUGAGUUGCCCCAAUAAGCUCUUGAUGGAGGUCACUUGCAACACUUGGUGCAAGGAAGGCUCUGCAAUGCUGGACAGUCGUCACCACUUCUAGUUGAAGAUGAUGGCCCAAAACUAGAGUUAGCUGUCCUAAAGCCCCACUGCUAACAAUGGGGUUUAACUUGGCCACUUGAUACCAGUCCAACUGAUUUCAGUUAGGCAUGAAGAUGACUAAAUUUAGCAGGAUCAUUGUUGAAAUUAUGAAAGAGAAAAAUCUGCUCUCUCCCUUUUCUUUUUCCCUGGGAGUUUUUUUGCAAUGCCGAACCUCAUGAUGUCUGAGAAAGAAAGAACUUCCCAAAGCAAACUAAGUUCCUUCUCUCUUUUUAAAUAUUUCCUUUUUUCCUUUUCUUCACAGAAGGAAUGCCACAGCGUGCAGCUGAUGCACAGGAAGGGUGUCUACAAUGCAGGGACAAUUGACCUAUGCGAUGUUCAAGUCCAAGUUGUUGAGAUCCCCUACAAGAACAAUGAACUGACCUUCGUUCUGCUGCUGCCAGUAGACUGCAAUGCAGAAGCUCUUGAACAGGUAAAUGGUCUUUCCAUUCCUAUGAUACUGUCCCUGGCCUUAUUCACCUUAUCCAUCUCUGGCCCUCGAUUUCAAUAAUACUGGUGUGGAAAAAGUCUGUUGAUAUAUUUUUCUUAUUGUAUUCACCCUUGUUUUGAUUCAAUCUGGGAUUGGAAUGAUAUCACUAUAACUUCUAUGUGUUCCUCUAGCUGGAAGAUGGACUUAGCCACGAGCAUCUGCUUGACCUGGCCUGUCAUCUGAAGGCCAUUGAGGUGGAUUUGGCCAUUCCCAAGUUCAGCUCAGAGAAGAGCAUUGAAGCCAACGAAUACCUGAAUCUGCCGGAUCUGACUGACCACGAAAAGGCCGAUUUCUCUGGAGCAACCACAACAGAAGGCGUGGCUCUGACUCAGCUGGUCCAUGAUGCUGCUAUCGAGAUUGAUGAGGAGGGUGGUGAAGAACCAGAGCCAGUCCCUUGCCCCAAGGAUAGGCGUCCACGUCGGGAACCUGUGGAGAUUCGGGCUGACCAUCCUUUCCUCUAUUUCAUCGUGCACAAUUGCACCCAGAGCAUCAUUGCUCUCGGUAGAUUUGCUAAGCCAGAAUAAAGGAAGAGUUGUGAUGCAUGGAACAAGAUCAAUGGAAAACGGAUAUGGAAGAUGUUUUAUAGAAAAAACCCUAGUAUUUCCCCCUCUUUGCCUCAUAUUUUGUAAUGUCAAUCAUUGCAGAUAUUUGGUCAAAGAGAACUUUCAUUUGGUGGUGGGCCUAAUUUUCAUGGUAUGAUCAUGAUGUUUUAGAGGAUUGCUGUCCUACCUGUCUGCAAUUCUUUCUCUGCCUAUUUUACAACUUUUCGAGGAAAAUCUUGCCUCCUGAGUGCUGAAUACUGUCCUAGUUCUUAAACAGAAAUCUAGGUCAUCAGAACAGCUGAUAAAACAGAAAUGUCUAUAUUCUGAAUGGAAGAGAGCUUCUUUCCCUUAAGGUCUUGCAUGAUGUGCAAUAUUCAGGGCGUGAAGUUUUCCGUGCUACUAUAGCACUGUGAUCGAAGAAGCUGCCCUUCUUUGGGCUACAGUUGACACCAGAAUGGAGCCUGGAGGCAGGAAUAUGUCACUACUCUGGAAUCUGCUUCCUGAUGAAUGUCUUCCUGUUGAUUCCUGUUGCAAUCCUGUCUGAAUAACUGAAACACAUUUGUAUGCCUUCUGCUGAAUUACUUUCCCUGAAGUCAGCAUGAGGAUUCCAGCCUACACCUACUUACCUUUGAGUAAGCUCUGCUGAAUUCAGUGGGACUUACUUUUGAGUAGACACAUAUAGCAUUACAGUACAAAAACAGUAAACUGUAGUGUGGCUCCUCAAACUGAUUUUUUUUGGCUAUGAUGUCUGUGAGACUAUACUCUUUCUUUGAAACCUAUGAAAGCCUGUAGCAUCUUUUUUUUCUGAACUGCACAAUAUCUCAAUAAACAAAGCAUUUAAUAACAUUGUUGUUUUGUCGUUUUCACUUAUGUGAGGUGCAUUGUAGAGUAUGGGUUCUCAAGAGUUGUGAUGAAAAGUCUUCCCAAGGUACUCAGACAACAGUUUUUUUAAGCCUCACCUAGUGUUCUAAAGCCAAACUAUAAGAUAGGAAUCCCCCAUUCACAUCCAAAAACUGAGACACAGGAAUACAGCUGGAAAUACACACAAACAUAGCCACGCAAACAACCCUCAGUUCUGCUCCCCCCCUCAACUUAAACACAGCUAGACAAGACCCCACAGCCCCAUGUAAACACAGUCAGUCAACCUCCCUGAAAAUAAUCUCUACCCAAACACAGGGAAGCAACAUUUCCAAAAUAAACCUAUAUGAAAACAGUCAAGCAAUACCCACCAAACCCACCCAAACAUAGUGUGGUGUAGUGGUUAAGAGCAGUGGACUUGUAAUCUGGUGAACCGGGUUCGAUUCCCCACUCCUCCACAUGCAGCUGCUGGGUGACCUUGGGCUAGUCACACUUCUUUGAAGUCUCUCAGCCCCACUCACCUCACAGAGUGGUUGUUGUGGGGGAGGAAGGGAAAGGAGAUUGUUAGCUGCUUUGAGACUCCUUAGGGUAGUGAUAAGGUGGGAUAUCAAAUCCAAACAGGGAACUGCCCCUCCCAAAAGGACUCCACGAACCCAGCCAGGAUACUCUUCUGAAAAAGCACACACAAGGACACACAUACCCCACAAACUGCAUAACAACACAGCCAGGAACAGCCUUCCCUCCAGCUGAGAAAAUCCCACAAAAACACUCCCAACCACUUACACAAGCACAGCCAGCCAACACCCACCCUUUCCCAAACCCCCAAACACCAACCAAGAACUAUCGCCUUCAUUCCAAAGCUCCCUCUAUACACAGCCAAGCACUCCCUCUUCCCAACCACUCCAAAACUCCUACACAAAUGCAGUCAUGCAGCAUUUUGCUCCCCUCCAAGAUACCCCACACAAGACAGCUGGGCAGCAUGAAGCCCUGUCCCCACUCAAAACAGUCAGACUAUCACCUGAAAUCCCAUACAAAACAUGGGAAGGGGUGUGUGGCGAUCACACAGGGUCCCCGGACGUUUGAUGGUCUAUUGAUCCCUGUGCCACCACUGGGAUUGCUUCCCCGCUGCCACCAACCCGUUUCUCCCGGGUACACACGGAGUCCAGACAGUUGUUAACAUUAAACCAAAUAAACAAGUUUAUUUUAUAAGCAUGAACAAGUUUAUUGUUUCGGAUAAUUUUUCUUGUAAGUUUCUUAAUCUUAGUUUCUUUACCGGCCUAAAACUUCCUAAUAACUUCUAACUGAUUAUCCCAACUGUCUAUCUGACUCCUCUUAACAGAUUCUCUCACUCUCUCACAUCAAACUAUCCCAACCCACAGACUUAUCUUCCCUUUCUCUUCUCUAACACCCGACUGACUGCUUAACAACACUAACUCUAACUCUAACUCCUCCCCUUGGGUUCCCACUGGCCAAUUACUUCACUCUCAUUUAACCCUUUCUUUAUGACCCAGCAUGUUUGCCUAGGAGGGCAAAUGCCACAGGGGGGAAUUCACAUAGUGAAUUAAAUAAAAAGUUGAGAGAUGAACAUGCUUUCCUUUGCAAUGCUGAGGUAAUCUCUAAGAAAGCAGAAAGCUUUUUGUUCUUAGUAGGGAUGAGUUGUCCUGCCUGUUUUGGUUCUGCCAGUUUCUCAUAUUUCCAAUCUUAAACUCCACUUUGUUUCUGCAGCAAUUUUCAAUUUCUUUUCUUUUUUUUUAAGUGAAAAUUUGCCAGCAUUUUAGUGUGAAUUUGUCCUACAUUUUGUUUGUUAUUUUGCUACUAUACACAUUUUUUGCAAACAUCAUUCCCCUAAUAAAAUUCAUUUUUGUAUGUUGUUUCCACUAAUAUACGCAUUUUUGUACACACUAGUUGCCUGGUUAACUGCAUUGCAAAAUUCAGAGAAAUGCCAAUUUCAAAGGGUGCCUGUGUUUUGGUUCAAAUACUGUUUCUGAAAGCGCAAAGUUGGUAGGUUUAUGUUUAAAUGAGGCACACUCGAUUGUCUCUCGAGACAGAUGGAUGCCAACAACGACAAACUGGUGAGCAAUCUGGCCAUUGCAUUUUGCACCAGCUGAAGUUUCCAAACCAUCUUCAGAGGUGGUCCCACGUACUGUGCAACACAUUACAGUAAUCCAGCUUGGAUGUUACCAGACCGUAGGCCACAGAAGUUAGGCUAUCCCUGUACUGAUAGAGGCAUAGCUGGACCACCAGAUGAAGCUGACAGAAGGCCACCUGAGCCUCCAGUGACAGCAAUGGCUAGGAGAGCACCCCCAAGCUGUGUACUCGCUCCUUCAGAGGGAGUGUAACCCCUCAAGAGCAGGCAGUCUUCCACCCAUCUGGUCUAGGGAACCAACCACUAACAGUACCUAUGUCUUAUCUGAAUUGAGCUUCAGUUUAUUGGCUCUCAUCCAGUCCAUUACGAAAGCAUGACACCCACUCAUCCACUGCCACACCUGUAGAUGUAAAAGAGAAAUAGAGCCGUAUGUCAUCAGCAUACUGCUGACAACACACUCUGAAACUGAAUGGCUCCAUUCAGCAGCUUCAUGUAGAUAUUAAACAACACAGGGGAUAAAAUUGAGCCCUGAGAGACCCCACAUGGAAGGUCCCAUGGUGCCGAGAAACACUCCCCAAGCAUCACCUGCUGAAGACAACUAUCCAAGUAGGACCAGAACCACUGCAAAGCACUCGCAACUCAGAUAGCCUCUCCAGGGAUCCCCCUGGGGAUGGUUGAUGGUAUUGAAAGCUGCUGAGAGGUCAAGGAGGAUUUACAGGGACACAUUGCCCCUGUCUGUCUCCCAACAGAGCUCAGCAUAUAUGGUGACCAGGGCAGUUUCUGUGCCAAAGCCAGGCCAAAACCCUGAUUGAAAUGCAUCUAGAAAAUCCAAGAGCACCUGGAUCUGGUCAGUGACCACCUGCUGAAAAACCUUGCCCAGAGGAGGGAGGUUGGCAGCUGACUGGUAAUUAGGUUCUUAGAAUCUAGGGAUAGUUUCUUAAGAAGUGGUCUUGUCAUCUUCAAACAAGCAGGAACCACCCCCUCUUGGCAUUGACCACCUCCAUGGCCUAGGCAGCUGUCUCCUCUUCCAAGAGGGGCAAAGGUCCAAUCCAAGCACCUUGUCCACACCCUCCAGCCUCAUCUAUUGAAAUUCGCCCAACAAAACAGGAUUAGAUUCUGCAUUACCCUGCAGUUUGUCCAUUUGAAUACAGAGGUACAGGGUUCGUCAAUGAGGGCGGAGGUGUAUCUACACCUGCACCAUGUCAUUGUGGGUGGCUAUAUGCCAGCAUCGCAAUCGCCACUUCCUUCUUCCUUCACCUGGGGCAUAAACAGGAAGGAAAAGGCAUGAAUAAGAGGAGGUUUUUCAAACCUGCAAUAAGUUACCACUCACUCUUGUGGAGGGUGGGAUCUAGAAUCAUUCUAGACUGAAAGCAGCUGUUGAUGAUGAGUAUAAAUGAUUCUGGAUUGAGAAAAAUCUAUGUUUUUGUACUACAAACUGGUCAGUGCGAAUGCAGUCCAUAUCUGAGAAUACCCCGUGUGUAGGGGCAAUUUUGAUCACAAAAAAAAUGUAAACCACCCAUUUCCUAGUACUGCAGUUAUCACUGUCACCGUCCACUGAGACUUUGAUGUGCCAAUAUAACAUUUUUCUAAGUAAAACGAAUUUCCAGUCAUAGCCAUGCUUCCAAUUGUUUGAAAGAGGAAGAGGCUGAGACAUCUUGGUGGUGCCAAGAUAUUGAGGGGAGUGGGUGUCAGGGCUUUUUCAGCCAGAACUCGCCCUCUCAGGUGGCAGCCAUUGCGUGGACAGGCGGAGUCCCCAGAUCCCACGCGGUCCCCCCGUCAUGUGGAAUAAUGACUCAAGACAACGUGCUAUGGGAUUAAAUUGGCCACAACUUUAUUAAAUUUCAAAUGUGGGUAGACCUUGGCUCAGGCAUUGGGCGUUCUCCCUCCCCAGUCCCCAGCCGGGGACCUAGGGAGCAUCAGGGUUAUCCAGUGUGUGUGGGGGGAUGGGCCGGCUCUGGAGAACAUAUGUUCAAGCAGAGAUAGCCGCCCCCGUUACGCCGCCGCCGCAGGGGAGAGCAAUGACGACCUUUCGGCGUACGGUCAAAGCCUCCCUUCAGAAACCCCUUUAACGGGGAACCCUGGUAUCGCCGCCGCAAAGAGGAAGAUGGACUAAAGGAUUCCGCCCAAGGCCUGAUACCACCAAAGUUGUGACGUUUUGCUACGGGAAAGGCGAAACCUGCCAAUGCAGGGAAAUUCCUUUCCGGCCCUUUAACAGCGACCUUAACGUAGCAGCGCCCGCAUACCUGCGAAGAAAAGUUAACCUGCAAAACCUGUGAAGAAAAGUUAACCUGCAAAUAAGACAUUAACUGAGGGUGGGUAGGGUGGGAGAAGCUCUGGAGCCAAGUGAGGAUUCCCAGGUAAGAUCCUCCCUCUAUUGUGUGGGCGGUAAUCCCUCCCCUACCUGGCCUGGUCUCCUUGGCAACGCUUCCCCCAGGUGGGAUUGGACAACUGACUGAGGUAGGCAGAGACCUCCAGGUAUCCCACCUGAGGAAAGGCAAACCAAGCCUAUGCUGAUGGAGCCGCUCCAGAUCCACGCAAAGGGCGCCCCCCGUUUUAAGCGGGGAGCGGUCAUUGCCAUUAUAAGAGAACAAGGGGUUGUUCCAGCACCUCUUUUUCUUGCAAAAUAGCACUGGUGGAUGUAGUUGAGAUUUGGUGUCAUUGCUCAGUGGCUUCUUGAAUUCCACGAACCAUUUUCCUGCGAUAUUUUUUAAAGCCCUCUCACCCCUCUUGGCGCGGCAGCGUUGCAGGAUGGCAGAGGCUUCACUGGGGGCCUCGAUGAGGGAACUUGAACUUCAGUGCCCUUCCUGAUAGGCGGUGGGGGCAUAAGCCCCUGUCCCCUAUCAGGAACUGGAUCCUAGCCUGCGCCCUGCUUUGGCAAAUGGGGAUGCAGGCUGGGCCUUGGGCCGUGCCAGGGGGUGGAGCCGAUGGAGCAGGUAGGCUACUCUCGGAUCUGCCACUUGCCCCAUUUAAGCAGCCUACACCUGGGGCACUACCUGUUCGUUAAAAGUGAUCUGGUCUGCAAAUUUAUAGAGGGGAGGAGCUGUUCAAUGGCGGUCCAGGAUAUUUUGCUGUCAGAUUUCCCCCCCUUCUAGGUCAACACUGUAAAAAGUCUUAUUGUGUUUUUGUAGACCAAUUCCUGCCUUCUGUUAUCCCCUCCACCAGCAGCGGCUAGUGCUCAGUGGAACUGGUGGAGAAGUCACCAGGGAUGGAGAACUUUAAAGUUUUAAGAUCAGUAAGCAGAAAACAUGAAAACAACGAGAAGAGGCAGGAACAAAGAUUUGGAGAUAUGCUUCAGAGGUCCAGACUAUGGGGAGCCCGGAAAAAUUAAUAAUUACAAUUUGGAUUAUAAUUUGUUUUUUUAUUUAUUUUAGUUUAUUAUUUUUAAUUGGAUUAUGAUUCGGAUAUCUGGAUUGGCUGUUUUUAUGGGGAAAUCAAUAAAAAUGAUUUUUAAAAAAGAGGAACUGGUGGAGAAGACAGGUAGGCAAUUGGUUGAUGGAGCCAGAUCCAAUGGCGAACAAAGCCAACUCAUUUCUCAUUCCCUCCCUGUCCUCCUGGCUAAGUUGUACACAGGAAAGACUGGGACUAAAGAGGAAGAACCUGGCGGGGUGUGCCACACCUGCACUGGUUGUAGGAAAGACAGGUGAGGGCUGAGUGAAGGUAGACUGAUUUUGUUGGAGCAGUGCCCCACUAGCCCUAGUAGGUGACCUCUCCACUGCCCUUCUUAUGAGACCUACUUAAAAAGAUUGCAUGUAAGAAGUAACCCCGUUACAGCUGGCCAAGCUUACAGGCUAAUAAAGACCUAUAUCAACAUCAAUAUAGAUCUCCCUACCUGCUCGCUCUAUAUCUCAAACACUACCAUUCACUAAUGAAGCUCCAGGAUGAUUUACAUCAACAAAGAAUGUAAAAACGGUGCAAUAAAAUAUAAGCUGGAUAUGAUAAAAAGCAAUUCAAAAACUGUAAGAAUGGUAGAAGAGGGCAGGACUUGAUUUCCAUGCACACAGUAGUGUAGCAUGGGGGGCAGAGUGCAAAAUUCUGAGAGAGGGGCAACCAGGCACCCCGACAACAGGCUCACCCAUCAAGGCUGCAUGGCUGAGCUCCUGCCACCCCCCGGAGCUGCGGGGAGGCAAGCCAUGCCCAGGCCAGGCCUUCGGGCUGGAGUCGCAUGUCCUUCUCCUCGUGGCCAGCGAAGGGACGCCUGCAUGCUCCACCCCUGGGCUGGCUGAGCCAGGAGGCAGCAGAGCCGCCAAGCCUAUGGUUAUUGCCACCAGCAGCAGCAGCUGCGGCAGCCAUGUGCCUCAUGGGUUCAGUGCACAUCCCCCAGCACAUGCUUCCACCCCCACUGCCCAGUCCAACACUUGCCCUGUCCCGGGCACCAGCAACCCAUGCUACACCACUGCAUCCACACCCAACUGCUAGAGACCAAGUAAUCUGCAAAUUCAGCAAUUAUUAAUUCUUAAAUAUAGGAACAGCAUGAAUUGAAAGCAGGCUGGGGCAUCCAGUUCUUUGAAGACCCCUUCAGAAAUAAUAGGGGAGGGAGCACACCUCCCGUUGGUGGUCCCCUGCUCGUGCUUUCGCUUGGUGGCAGUGGCAGAAACGAGUACAUUUCCCACACUGCCCAGCCUGCCAUGGAAGGCUUAGAGAACAUCUUACUUAACGAAGUGCUUGCCUAGCAGCUUGUCUCUCUUAAACAAGCACUGAAGAGUAACGAGAAAUUUCUGACUCCCAGCUAGAUAUCAAUAACUCCAUUGCCACCUAGUGACGAAAUCAUAUAAUGACACUGUCCGAACAAUUAGGGAAGUUAAGAGGGCGCUUCCUGACAUAGACGUGAGUUAACACUCGCUGUGCCCAAACUCCCUCCAACACUGUGCGAAGGUGUAGAAUUAAUCUGUUUUCAGUCAAUUCCCAUCUAAGUCAAGUGAUUUCCUUUUCCUUCCAUAAAAUGGGAAAUGCUUUCAACUGCACUGUCACUGACUAGUGAUAAGUGAUUGGUUAUAUGGGAAACUUCAAUUUUUGACAUUGUAGAUUUGCUUUUUUACCUUAUAACAUCAUCUAUUGUUUGCUUAUUGGACCUGUUUAUAUGAAUUUGUAGUAUUUGUAUCUUGUUGUUCUUCUCUUUACUUUUAUUACUUUGUGCCCAGAAUUGGGAUUGAAAAUAUUAAAUGAGGAUCUUCAGAGCAGAAACAUAAAUGCUCCUCAGAGCUCCAUAUGUAUUAAAUAGUUCAUGGCACAAUGAAUUAUCUGGAUGAAUUCUAGCAGAUCACAGAACAGCCUAUUUAUCCUAGUCCUGCCUGCUUCUCCUGACUGCUCUUUGGGACAUUGGUCAUAUUUUAGAUUUUUUUUUUUUGUUCUAAGCCAUGUGAAUAACACGCUACCCCAGGAUGGAUUGUAGUUUGUGAACCCUAAAAGCACAUAGCAAGUGAUGGCUCUCCAGAUGUUACAACAUACAAAGAAUCUAGAUAGGUAGAACUAAAGUUAAAACUGAUGCAGCCUUCUGUUUUGAACAAUGUUCAGUCUGGUGUUUCUUGAAAGGUGGCAUAUAUGUCAGUGUGGUGUAGUGGUUAAGAGCGGUAGUCUCGUAAUCUGGGGAACCGGGUUCGCUUCCCUGCUCCUCCACAUGCAGCUGCUGGGUGACCUUGGGCCAGUCACACUUCUUUGAAGUCUCUCAGCCUCACUCACCUCACAGAGUGUUGUGGGGGAGGAAGGGAAAGGAGAAUGUUAGCCGCUUUGAGACUCCUUAAAGGGAGUGAAAGGCGGGAUAUCAAAUCCAAACUCUUCUUCUUCUCUUCUUCAAAAACAACAGCUCUCCUCUGCCACUCACGCUCAGCAUCUUGAAUUGUAUUUGGAACUAUAGUGCCUUUGGACUCGGACAUUUCAUUGAGCCAUUUUGACGGAUAGAAACAUUUCCCAUGAAUAUGCCCAAUCUAUUUUAUAAAACAUCUAAUCAAGUGAUCCUCACCAUUUCCUCCAGUGGUGAAUUCGUACCCACCAUCCUGCUGUGUCAUUUUCAAUUUCUUACACAUUUUUUUCAAAGCCCAUAUAGGGUGUUGUGGGGAAUAAGAAAGGAACCCUCUGCAUUUCCUGCCUCUAGGGACACACAUUCUUUCAAUGGAGUCUCUUGGGGGAAAACUUGGUUUUAAGGGACAGUUUCGAGGGGAUAUUUGGAGUGCUUUGGGACACGCUGACAAUACACCGAUGCUGACAGGGUGUGUCACAUUGUGCCUGCACUUUGCAGUAGAUGAAGUAUACCUAAUUAAGCAAAGUCAUACAGGGAGUAUAUGUGGCAAUCCAAGAUAAUUACCUUUGAUCAUUAGAAAUGUCCAGUUUUUGCAUCGUACUGGUUUCAUUAUGUAAAUUUGAAUUAAUCUAAUUUUUUGCAGAUUCAGAAAAUACAAAGUAGUUUAAUGGUUGUGGGGGUGUGAGAUGAUCAGUAUAAAUACCAGCGUCUCACAGGAGGAGAGCAUCACACUCACCUGCCAGACUCCUAUCAUCACAGCUGAAGCCAAGGUAAGCAGCUCUCCUUUCAAGCAUCCAUGCAGCCUUGUGUUGGGUGAUGUGCAUCUUUACAGCAGUUCUUUUAUCAUGGGUAGUUCUUCAAAACUGUGGGUUUGGUGAUAGAAUGUAUUGCAGUGCAGAAGUAGGAACAAGUAUAUCUGUAUUCUGAAGGAUCCUGAAAUGACGAGCUGUUUUGGUCUUCCCUCAGAGCUUUUGAAUUCCAUCAUGACCACCCUGCCUGAAGCCAAUGCUAAAUCCGCCGUUGACGUUUUCAAAGUGUUGACCACUGAGCACCCAUGCGACAACCUCGUGUUCUCCCCUGUGAACCUCACCGCAGGCCUGGGCCUACUCGCUUAUGCAUCUAGUUGUGAACAAGCAGAUCAGAUCGAGAAGGUGGGUCUAAUCAAGCAGUAGAGAUGCAGCCUUCAGACUGGGCUCAUCAUUAGCAGAUACCUUUCCAUCACCGGUCAUAUUUGAUACAAGUUGAGAAAUGACCUCACUGUGGCUUGAUCCAGUAAUAAGCCCAGUCAACGUCUCUGCACAAAAUCCCAUAAAUGUGCAGAGAUCAAAGAAUAUUGCAUCACUAGUCAUGGAGGAGAAAUUUGGUUGAAUGGAAUGGAAAUCUUCCAAAUGGAAUCUUCCAAAUCUGUAGUUUUCAAAACAAUGUAUGAGCCAAAAACAGCUCUUUUUUAAUAGAUUUGUACUUACCUGUACUUGUUUUGUAAAAAUAAUGUUUACAAGAAUUCAUAUAUUAGGGGGAAAUGUGCAUAAAAAUGAAGAUAUUAGCGAAAGUAGCAUAACACAUGCAUUAUAUUGGGGAAAUUGCUUGCAAAAAUGUGUACAUUAGUAAAAGAAAAUGCAUCUAAAAAUGGGUUUAUUAGGAGACUAAAAUGCUUGUGAAUCUUCAUAUGGAUCUUUUUUAAAAAAUAAAAAAUAAAAAUGAAAUAGCAACUAUUGCAAAACGUGGAGAACUAAAUUUAAGAUUUAAUUCCUUCAGUUCUCAUCCUAUAUGUGAUUUCUUGCUGUUAGUUCAAGGCAGAACCAUAGAUUGCCUGAAGUUUGUAUGUAUGUUUGGAUCAUUAAUUUAGCAUGAUUCAGAUAUCAUAUGCCAAAUAUGUUGAAUAAUUUCAAAGAUUAGUAUGCAGGAAGAUAUCCAUCCUGCCAAUGUCACAUAUGAUCUAAGAGUCAUGUGAAUCGUCCCUAAUAGACAUAUCAGGAUAAUAAGUGCUGCUGUUAUAAUAUUGCCUGUGCAACUGAAGCAAUGUUUCAAUUUCAUUCAAGGUCCUGCAUUGGGAUGAAGUGAAAGAGUGUGACAAACCCAGAAGCAGGAGCCUUGGACAGUCAACAACCAGACUAAGAAGGGUAUGUAGAAGAACGCUUGGAUAAAGGUGUAUUCCUCCCCUACCCAUAGAACCCAGCUUGCAUAUUAGUAUUAUCUCCUGUUAUCUCAACAUCAAAUCCAUGCCUGUUGGGCAAAAACAUCUCUAAAGGAAGAAAAGGGGGCCUUGAGCACUGAAUCAGCUCUUAAAAGUGCAAAUGUCAUUUUCGUAAAUAUAUUUGGAUGUGAAGUUUACGUCGCUCCUUGAGAUGAAGGAGGAUUAGAGCAUCAAUAUAUGUGUCUGAUGUCAGUGCAACAUCAGAACAAGGAUUGGCUGAUGUUUGAAAAACUAAUUUGGUUUCAUGCCAACAUUUCUUAUUCCUUUAUUGUAAAUGGGCUGGGACUGAACUACCUAUGGAUGCAGACAUUUUAUAACUUCAUUGCAGACCCAAGGUGCUGGUGGUGCCAAACCGAGACCCCGUCCUGAACCUAAACCUUGUGACAAGAGACGAGUCGUUCACCGCCCAGCUCCUUGCCCUGAGCCCGAGCCCGAGCCACGUUGUCCUAGACGCGUAAGUUGUGAAACAUCUGGAGAGUUUCAUCAAAAUAAUAAUAAUCACACACACACAAAUAGACAUUCAGGGGGUUAUCUCUAAGCAUUCUAAAUGAUACCACACAACUUGUGAUAAAAUCCACAGGAAAGUAGGAAUGAAACCGCUAAAUUCUUGCUUAGAUGUGAAGUUCACUGGGUGAUGUUGAGUCAGUCACCAUCAACCCCCAUUAACAUUGCCGUGAGCAUAAAAUUGAGUAAAUCACAAGAAAGAUGAGCUGGGCUGCCUGGAGGGAUUCAGAUGUGAUAAAUGUUUACUUCAAAGUAGGCAUACCUGAGGUCGACUUUCAAGCAAGCUUUGUUGCUUAAGAUAAGUUUGUAAGUUUUCUUUCUCACAAGAUAUACCCUUAAGAAGCCAGGUAUUGUGAGAAUUAACCUCCUUCUUUUUGAAUCCUUAGGAUGUUCCUUGCUAUGAGUGUGAGAAGCCUGAAGGAAUCCAUACGGCAUUCAGCAAAAUCCUUGCGACUCUUAAUGAGCCCAGCGCCAACUAUACCCUGAGCUUUGCCAACAAGCUCUAUGGAAACAAGGACAUUGCCUUCAUCCAGGUAACUCUAAUUUUGGCCCCUAUGGGUGCUCCACUGUACUGUGAGAACCAUGUGCAAAAUGCAACCUGCAAUUGACUGUAUUCUACCAUAAAUGGGUUCAUCAUCUACUGGUGUCUGUCAAACUUGUGCCUCAUUCCCAGGCAACCAGAGAGAUCUACUACGGUAAUGAUUAUCUGCUCUAUGAAAGUCUCCACCUGCAAAAUUUAGUGUUCUGAAACUACAAAGAGGCACUGAAUCUUUAAGGGCAUUAGGCAGUACUCAAAUGCGAGAGAAUACUCUGGACAUUUUCUGUUUUGUUAUAUAUUUACUGAUACAUGGAUCCAAUGUCUUCUUGUUCUGUUCAGAAAUUCGUUUUCUGUGCUCUGAAACUGUACUUGACUGAAGUGGAUGGUGUUGAUUUCCAUAAUGCCCCUGAGGAAGUGAGGAGACUCAUCAACCUUUGGGUUGAAACCCGUACACAUGGUAAGACCACAGAAUGCACUAAUGACCUCUUCCUGACAUAACCUUCAUGAUACAGAGGUCUCCGGUCUUUGUUCUUCUGAUGCUGGUUCAAAAAACCAGUUAAAUCUUUCCUAUUCCCCAAGAAUAAGUUAAGAGCACACUGUGGCCUCUGCUUUCCUUCAAAAAUGAGGAAAGGUAGGAUUGAUUUGUUGUAAUAAACUGGUGCUCAUAUUAUUUUAUUUGCUUAUAAAAACAGUUAAACGCUCCCAUUCUGUUGCAAAGGACUACUUAGGGUAUAAUUAAGUACUUUAUUCAAGCUGUUCCAUUUAUUCUCCAUCAACCGUGAACUACAAAUUGUAUGCUCACAUUUUAUUUGGAGGAAUGCAGUAGACUAGUUAAAACCCACUCCCAUUCCCAAAAAACCCAUUGUAACAAUUUCUUUCCCAGGUAAGAUCAAGGACCUUCUCCCCAAGGACAGCUUUGAUUGCCUUGUUCAGCUCCUGCUGGUGAAUGCUCUCUUCUUCAAAGGACAAUGGGAAGUGAAAUUUGACAAAGAGCUCACAGAAGAAGCCCCGUUUUACCCACACCAUGCAGAUGAGGUGAGUUAGAAACAUAUUCCUAGCUUCCUUGUUUUUUUGUGCAGAGACAAUGUACCUUGUAACUUCCAGAAUACAUGUUUAGUGUUGGAGUUGAGUUGCCCCAAUAAGGUCUUGAUGGAGGUCACUUGCAACACUUGGUGCAAGGAAGGCUCUGCAAUGCUGGACAGUCGUCACCACUUCUAGUUGAAGAUGAUGACCCAAAACUAGAGUUAGCUGUCCUAAAGCCCCACUGCUAACAAUGGGGUUUAACUUGGCCACUUGAUACCAGUCCAAUUGAUUUCAGUUAGGCAUGAAGAUGACUAAAUUUAGCAGGAUCAUUGUUGAAAUUAUGAAAGAGAAAAAUCUGCUGUCUCCCUUUUCUUUUUCCCUGGGAGUUUUUUUGCAAAUGAUGUCUGAGAAAGAACUUCCCAAAGCAAACUAAGUUCCUUCUCUCUUUUUAAAUAUUUCCUUUUUUCCUUUUCUUCACAGAAGGAAUGCCACAGCGUGCAGCUGAUGCACAGGAAGGGUGUCUACAAUGCAGGGACAAUUGACCUAUGCGAUGUUCAAGUCCAAGUUGUUGAGAUCCCCUACAAGAACAAUGAACUGACCUUCGUUCUACUGCUGCCAGUAGACUGCAAUGCAGAAGCUCUUGAACAGGUAAAUGAUCUUUCCAUUCCUAUGAUACUGUCCAUGGCCUUAUUCACCUUAUCCAUCUCUGGCCCUCGAUUUCAAUAAUACUGGUGUGGAAAAAGUCUGUUGAUAUAUUUUUCUUAUUGUAUUCACCCUUGUUUUGAUUCAAUCUGGGAUUGGAAUGAUAUCACUAUAACUUCUAUGUGUUCCUCUAGCUGGAAGAUGGACUUAGCCACGAGCAUCUGCUUGACCUGUCCUGUCAUCUGAAGGCCACUGAGGUGGAUUUGGCCAUUCCCAAGUUCAGCUCAGAGAAGAGCAUUGAAGCCAACGAAUACCUGAAUCUGCCGGAUCUGACUGACCACGAAAAGGCCGAUUUCUCUGGAGCAACCACAACAGAAGGCGUGGCUCUGACUCAGCUGGUCCAUGAUGCUGCUAUCGAGAUUGAUGAGGAGGGUGGUGAAGAACCAGAGCCAGUCCCUUGCCCCAAAGAUAGGCGUCCACGUCGGGAACCUGUGGAGAUUCGGGCUGACCAUCCUUUCCUCUAUUUCAUCGUGCACAAUUGCACCCAGAGCAUCAUUGCUCUCGGUAGAUUUGCUAAGCCAGAAUAAAGGAAGAGUUCAUGCAACAAAAUCAAUGGAAAAUGGAUACGGAAAAUAUUUUAUAGAAGAAUAUUGUUUUCCCCUCUCCUCUUUACUCAGCAAGGCCAACCUUUGCAUAGCUUUGGGCAAAGAGAACUUUCAUUGGGUGGCGGGCCUAAUUUUCAUGGUAUGACAACAGUGUUUUAUAGGAUUGUUGCUCUACCUGCCUUCUCCUGUCAUUUUACAUCUUUUCAAUAAGAUGUUUGAUAAAUGACAAUAUUCGGUAAGUGCAUUUCCCCUUGCACUAUAGCACUGCGAUGGAAGAAGCUACACUUCUUUGGGCCACAACUAAAUUUUUCUAAAUGGAACACCUGGGUGGAGACUGAAGUCAGGAAAAUGUCACUAUUCUGGAAUCUGCUUCUUGAUGAAAGUUGUCUUGUUCUUUCUUGAUUCAAAUCUGCCUAACCAACUGAAGCAAAAUUGUAUGCCUUCUACUGAAUUAUCUUGCCUGAAGUCAGCAGCAUGAGGCUGCCAUCCUAGAUCUACUUACUUGGAAGUAAGCCCUGCUGAAUUCAGUGGAACUUCUGAGUAGACAUGUAUUGGACCACACUAUGAAACAGGAAACUGCAGUCUGGCUCUUUGAAAUGAAAAUCUUUCCACGUUGCUUGUGAGAUUAUAGCUUUUCUUUGAAACUUAUGAAACUUUCUUGCAUCUUUUGUACUGAAGCUGCACAAUAUCUGAAUAAACAAAGCAUUUAAUAAAACUUGUUUUGCAGUCUUCACUCCUGUGAGAUAUAUUGUAGAGUACGAGUUCCCAAGGAUUGUGAUGACAAAUCUUCCCCAGGCACUCAGACAAGAAUUUUUAUGACUAAAGUCAACCCAUAAGAUAAGGAUCCCCUCCUUCGCAUUUCAAAAACUGAAGAAUUGUUGUGCACAACAUCACAAGAUGAGUGGUAUUUGGAGGUGGCGGCACAGAAAUCAGUAACUUUUCCCCAAACAUAGAAUAAGGUAGAGGUUGAGUCUGUAACCCAAAUGCCAAACCGUGUAUUUGACCCCACAUAAUGCAACAAAAUAUUCAUUUCCUGGGAGGAAAACUUCCCACAGAAAUACAGACAGGCAGCUCCAAUUGCCCCAGACUUUUCCUUUCCUUUCCUAAGAAUGCCUCUGAAGGAAAGAAAGAUGUCUGGAAGCUAGCCAUUGCCUCUGGAAGAGUUUAAACAAGUGGGGCAGGGUUUGACUUCCUGAUACACUGGAUCAGGCGCAGGGAACUUUUCCUGACCAAAUACAGACCCCCGUGCCUCUGAAUCUAAACCACCAGGCUCUCCCUAGCCCAGCCCUUAAUGUUACAUGCUAUCCCUAUCGCCACAGCAGUGCGAGAUCCCAGGGGUUCAGGCGCUUACCCAGGGUUUGGGUUUGCUUCAGAAAUGAGGCACAGAGGAGACUGUAGUGUCAAUAUGGUUUUAUUUACAACCUUGGUUUACUGUGGAGGGAGUUCCAGCAUUACACUCUGCAGGUUCUGAAGCUUCAACAGGCAGAUUGGCAGCGACUUUGAAAGGCCCCAGCAGCCAAGAGAUUGGUAUGUCUGUUGUGCUCUUUGUAUUCCAGCAGCUCAUGCAUGUAUUCUUGUGCUCUCUGCACUGUCUGGUGGCUCUGGGCCAGGAGGGUGCUGGAGAGCUUCUUGGAGGAUCUAACAAUGGAGAAGGUCCUUUGCUCCUUUCAUAGGUGCAGCAGGCUUUGGUCUAAAGGCAGAGAAAUCCACUGUGCCAUCUCGGUCCCUUUUUUCCAGCCUGUCACCCUCAGCUCACAGAGUGUUCUGCCCCCACUUCUCCCUCUCUCUGCUAACAGGCUCCAUGGAUCUCUUCCCUGUAGCGAAAACACAGCUAAGAAGCUCAGAUCAUAUAUGUGACUGACGCCCUUCUUUGGAAAUUAAACAAUACCCAGACUUUAACAUUCAAAACAUUUACUUGCAGAAACUUAUAGAUGAAUGGAAACAUAAUAUUUAGAGUCACAUGCUUAUCCAAGCAUGGGCUUACAGUCUUUUAUUCCAAACAACUGUAUUUUUCCUCUCUUUUCAGAGCUCAGCCCUUUUAGCCUUCUGUAUCUCAGUUAGGCCGUGAGUUGCAGUGCCUAUGAGAGAGGUCCACUUUUAUCUUCUCCUGCAGCAUUGCUCUCUUUCUUUCAAGCAGAGAAGAAGCACUCCAACACUCGAUUCAACUUAGCAGCGUUCGCAGUAGAUUCUAAAAUGGAGUCUCUCCUUCACUAGAUACCUCCCAUGUGACCAACGUUAGCCAAUCACGUGCGAACUACCAGAAAUCUCUCUAGAAUUCACAUACCAAUCAUUCAAAUUUAAACACAUAAUAAUGCAUACAAGCGUUUACAAUUUCAGUGAAUUAAAUUACUAUAUUCAACACCCCCAGCCUACGCCAUCCAAACCUGAAGCUCUGGGCCUGGCUUUUGCUUCUGUUCACCAUUCCCUGAUGGGAGAAGGGGCUCACACUCCUCUGCUGUCCAGCCCAGAGUAACCGCUUCGUUAAUUACUUAUUGCUUUCUUUUAUACUACAUGAUGGCUCUUCUCUCCAGGUGAGUUUCCUCCUGAGCAGGAAACUGAUACUGCCUGAAUUUUAACACUGCCAAAUCUAACAUUUGUCACCCAGGUUAAUAAUCCAAGCUUUUUAAAUUAUUUCUAACAUUUACUAACCCUAUAAAUUAGUGGUGCCUUGCACCCACAAACCCUGGCACCCAAAACCUGUAGCGUUACCCUCCUCUAAGAAAAGCACACCUGCACCAGAUGUGUAAAAGAAUUACAGAAAAGUUAGUAAAGGCAUUUAAAAUAGUUGUAAUAAUAAUAAUAAUAAUAAUAAUAAAGCAAAUCAUAACACCAUAACAUUGUAGCAGCCCAUUCCUUUCCUACAGUUCCCAGUAUUGAGAUGCCCCACCAGACCUUCUUAUUUCUUUUGCUUUCCUACAGCAGAGGAGAACUUCUAAAAACACACUCCGCCAACAGAACAGUUCCUAAAAAUCAUUUAUCAGUUCAGUUUCUAAAAAUUAUCAGUGGGUUCCCAUCACUAGAAACAUGUAAACCCCCCCCCCCCAGUCAACAGUGUUUAAAAGAAACCUAUUGCUAAGAUUUGCUGGAAGGAUGAUUGUAGUAAACCAAGGGUCAGCAACCUUUUUCAGCCGUGGGCCGGUCCACUGUCCCUCAGACCAUGUGGUGGGCCGGACUAUAUUUUGGAAAAAAAUAUAUGAAUGAAUUCCUAUGCCCCACAAAUAACCCAGAGAUGCAUUUUAAAUAAAAGCACACAUUCUACUCAUAUAAAAACCACACUGAUUCCCAGACUGUCCGCAGGCUGGAUUGAGAAGGCGAUUGGGCCGGAUCCGGCCCACGGGGCUUAGGUUGCCUACCCCUGUAGUAAACAGUCUCAGAAAGCAGAACACAAACCCCUGCCCAUCCCUCACACUGAGCAGGUGCUUUGUCUUGGGAUUUACACAUAGUUCUCUGUUCAAGUAGCUGUUCAAGGGGCAAACUCCCUGGUAAUUUCAACCUCACCUGAUUCUGCAGGGACACAAGCCUUGCUCUGUUCCUGGGUUUUUCCCACACUAAGAAAGGCACCACCAUUUUCUCAAGCACACAGGGAAACACUCUCAGAACAAUUUCUUUUUCCAUCGCAAAUUGAUCAGGAGCCUGAUGUUAGUAUUUUCAUUCUCCAUUGCUGCUGGAUCUCAUGAUCCACUGUUUACAGUCCUUUGUGAUAGGAGUGUGGGAAUGAAACUCGACACUGUACUUCCGUCCUAUGGGCUUUUGUACUUUCUCUUUGCUAGCUGCUUUUGGACAGAGCAGGUGUGUGAAGCUGCUGCUCACACUAGCCAUGUUUGUUGUUUUGAUUUGUAAAUCAAGGAAGCUUUCGCGAUGCCAAUGCCUUCACAGCCUCGCUUCUUGCUGUUACUCUGCUGAUGCAUUUGCGUGCCCACAGCUCCACCGGAGGUGGGUCGCUGGACACCUGUGUGAGCUCCCAGACUGGGCCGUGGCCGAAGGGGCUGGCACAUUCACCUGCUGCUCCUCUGGCUUCUCCUGGCCACACAGAAAACCGCUGCCUUUCUCACAGGCCCUAGCUUUUCCCCCAAUUCCUGAAGAACGAAUUCCCAUUCAGCAGGAGCUGAAUGUUCCUUGUGCAUGCUCUCACGGACCUCAGAUUCCUCCUGCUCCCCAAUCCCAGGGAGCCCGGUCCUUCUCUGAGUUGUCGUCUUCCACUACAGCUUGCAUCUCUUUGCAGUCUCAGCCCCUCUGCUGCUCGGCCAUGCUCCGGACUUCCAGCAGGGCUCCUGGGUCACUUCCAACCCCUUGCAGCACUUCAUAAGGCAGGGAUCUCACCUCGCUUGUAGUCACUUUCCCCUCUUCACUCAGUUUCUUCCCCAUUCUGUCAGCAGCUAGCCUGUUCUGUCAAACUGCUGUACCUGUUGCUGGCUUUGCUGCUGGAAUAUUUGCUCAAACCUCCGGCUCUGCCUUUUCUUCAUUCUCUCAAGCUGCUCACUCUGCUGCUCCCUCAUCAGUUUUAUCUGUGUGGCUAUUCUUGCUCCCAUUUUUUUUACUUCAGGCACACCUAGCUGAUGUUGUAUUGUGUUUUUACUGUUUCUUUGUUGGGAGCCACCCAGAGUGGCUGGGGCAACCCAGUCAGAUGGGCAACAUAUAAAUAAUAAAUACUUCUUCUUCUUAGCCCUCAGGCCUUUCCUCCAGGAAACGCAGAUCCCACUUCUAGCACCAGUGUUGCACACCACCCCUUUCUCUACAGUGGUGCAGGAUCUCAGGGGUCCAGGUGCUUAUCCAGUGUUUGUGUUUCCUUCAGAAAUGAGGCACAGUGGGGAUUUUAUUAUAUAUGCCUUUAUUUACCACACACACACACACACACAUUUAUAUAUGCAAAGAGAAAGAAAAAGAGAGAGCACAUAUUUUUGGUUUUAAAAAAAUUAGGUGUCCAUACUAAUCUUCUGAUAAAAUUGCCACGUGUACCAGAAAAAAAUGGCUAUCAUGGGAAACAAAGAAAAAGUGAUGGUACUCCUUACCAGUGAGUACUAGCACUAAAAAUCACUCACUCUAUACUUGUUGUUAUUAUUAAAUACAAUAGCCACAUGAUUUAAAAGCAGACGGGAACAUCCAGUUCUUUUAAGCUCACUUUAGAAACAGUGGUCCCCUGCUCAUGUUUUCACUCUGUGGCAGUGGCAGGAGUGGGGAUGUGGGAGCACAGGAAGCUGACUGGGUGGCUGGAAGCUGCUAUUUACAUUUCCCACAAUGCCCAGCCUGCCAUGAAAAGCUUACGUUACAUAAUGAAGUUUUCUUGCCUAGCAACUUGCUCUCUUAAACAACAACUGGAGAAGAACAAGAAGACAUUUCUGGCUCCCAUCUAGACAUGAAUAACUCCAUUGCCACCUAGUGACCAAACCAUACAAUGACACUGUCCAAACAUUGUAGGAAGUAAAAUGGCAGCUGACUUAGAGUUGCCAUACAUCGAGAAUUUCCUGGAAAUAUCCGGAAUACUACAGCUGCAAGCAGUGUCUAGUAACCAAACAAUUUAACCCCUGUGUUGCAAACAAUAGUCAGUAACAUCCAAGGCAACAUAAUGACCAAAUACAAGGAUACAAUAUCAAUAUACACUCUUUAUAUAAUAUGAAAUAUAUGAAAUCACAUAAACAGAAAACUUAUGAAUCUCUGAAAGUCACAAAAUAUGCACUCUUAAUGGAUUCUCUUGAAAACAUAAAACCAAAUAAACAUAAGUCUUAUAAGUCUCUGAAAGUCUUUGAAGACUAUGCAGGUCUCUGAAAGAAGCAAUAACAGUGAUUCCGGAUAGCAGUGUCCAGGCAGAAAUCGUCGAAAUGUUCAAGGAAAUCUGGAUGUAUGGCAGCCGAUGUCGGUGAUUUUGCAAAACUUUUUGAAAUAUGGCAACCCUGAGCUGAUUGGCACAGAAAAAACACUAACACUGGAUGUGUCCAAACACUCUGUGGGAUGUAGUGUGUGGGAUGUAUAAUGAACGCUUUACCAAUCAAUUCCCAUCUAUUUUUUUCUUCUUCCUUGAUAUAAGAAGAAGAAGAAGAGUUUGGAUUUGAUAUCCCGCUUUAUCACUACCUGAAGGAGUCUCAAAGUGUCUAACAAUCUCCUUGCCCUUUGUCCCCCAAAACAAACACUCUGUGAGGCUGAGAGACUUCUAAGAAGUGCGACUAGCCCAAGGUCACCCAGCAGCUGCAUGUGGAGGAGCGGGGAAGCAAACCCGGUUCACCAGAUUCCGAGUCUAUCGUUCUUAACCACUACAGCACAAUGUUGUCUUCCUUGUUCCAUGAAAUGGGUCUGCAUCUUAUCUUCAGAGGAGAUGGCCAGUGUCAUUAUCUAGGGUUGCGAUACAUCCAGGAAUUCCCAGACAUGUCCCCUUUUAGGGGGUCUUCCAUGCCCAUCCGGGAUGCAGGUGGCGCUGUGGGUUAAACAAUAGAGCCUAGGGCUUGCCGAUUGGAAGGUCGGUGGUUCUAAUCCCCAUGACAGGGUGAGCUCCCGUUGCUCUGUCCCAGCUCCUGCCCACCUAGCAGUUCGAAAGCAUGAAGUGCAAGUAGAUAAAUAGGUACCACUCCGGCAGGAAAGUAAACGCCGUUUCCGUGUGCUGCUCUGGUUCGCCAGAAGCAGCUUAGUCAUGCUGACCACAUGUCACUGUACGCCAGCUCCCUCUGCCAGUAAAGCGAGAUGAGCGCCGCAACCCCAGAGUCGUCCGUCACUGGACCUAACAGUCAGGGGUCCCUUUACCAUUUUACAUGCCCAUCCAGGGGGGAUUUUACAUUUUAAAGCAGAUGUCCUAGAUUUGGUUCAGACUUGGGCUCUUGUGCAGGGGUCCCAGGCACAGUUUCAGGCUCUGGCUCUGGCGUGGGCAGAGGGGCUAUUGGGCGAUUGCCUUAAAAAAGCUCAACAACUUUUUGUGUCCAGAUUUUUACCUCUUGAAAUAUGGCAACCCUAGCCACCAUGAUAAAGACUGGAUAAUUUGCAUGUUUCCAACUGUGCUGUCUAGUGAUAGGUGAAUGGUUAAAUUGGAAAUCUUAAUUUUUUGGCACUGUGGUUUUGUUUACAUUAUGACAGAAUUUGUAAUUUGUUGUUUACUGGACCUAUUUCGAUGAUGUUGUAAUAUCUGCAUAUUGUUUGUCUUCUCUUUAUUUUUAUUAUUUUGUUCCCAAGAUUUACACUCACGUAGACCUACCUAUGCAGACAGUAUUUCUGACGCACCCUCCUUUAGGUAGUGCAAAACAAAAUCAACAAAAUGCAAACUAAUCAAAACAGCUGAAUAGCAACUAAAAAUAAUGUACAAAUAGCGCAAACAAGGAAUCCUGGCCAAAUACUGUAUACUCGAGUCCUCCUCCUCCAAAGGUCUUGGGGGAGGGGGAAGUCCCAUUGAGCAAGUGGAAAUCCUUUUGCUGACCAAACACAUUAACUGAAUACUGUCCAGUGUGUACAAAGCCCUGUCAUUUUUCACAGCACCAGAGGGCAUUCAAGGGGAAUUUGGGGAACAAGGAAGCAACCCUCUGCAUUUCUAGCCUAAAGGGACACCCAUUCUUUCAACGGAUUCCCUUGGUAAAAUAAUAUUGGCUUUAAGGGAUAGUUUUAUAAUGAGGAUGUUUUCAAGAGUCAUUAUUUGGAGUUCCGUGAGCGCACUGACAAUGCACAAACACCUUCAUUGCUGAAAGGGUGUGUCGUAAUCCACCUGUUUGCAGCAGCUGAAAUAUAUGUAAUUAUACAAAGUCAUAUCUGCAGCAUAUGUAGUCAUCUGUGAUGAUUAGGUUUGAUUAUUACAAAUGACCAGGUUUUGCCUCACACUGUUUUCGUUAUGUAAAUUUGUUUUAAUCAAUUUUUUUUGCUGAUUUAGAAAUGCAAAUCUGUUUAAUGGUUGCGUGGGUGUAAGGAGAUCCAUAUAAAUGCCAGCAGCUCAGCGGAGGAGAGCAUCACACUCACCUGCCAGCCUCUUAUCAUCGCAACUGAAUCCAAGGUGAGUAGCUCUCCUUUUCCCCCCAAGGCCAAAUUAAAGUGGCAGGGAGGCUCUGUUGCAGUUCUCAAAAUAGGGGUCCCCCUCCCCCCUCAAAAAAAGGAAUACAUAAAAUAAGGAACCAAAAUUAUGCCCUUAAAGUCUAACAAAUUUAUUAUUAAUAAGCUUCCAUGGACUACAAAAAAACAAAACAAAAAUACUCUGAGCAUGCUUAGUUUCACACCACCAACCAAGUACAGAGAAAGCCAAUUCUGAAAUAAGGAGGAGGUGGUGUUGCUGGUUCACGCCCCGAACAAUCGCGCAGGGCUGGCUGCAGCCCCGCGCGACCAGGGGAAUACUCGGGCCGCGUCAGCCCCAGAGCCAGCCAAUCAGCUCGCUCUGGGGGCGUGGCCUGGGUCAUUUAAGGCUGGCGCGGCGUAGGGAUCUCCCCUUUUCGUCCCAGCUGCGGAUUCUGUUUCCCACCCACCCUUUAGGUUUUCCUUCUGACAUUGCUAUGGACUUUGGUUGGUUGCCGUUAAGGGGCCUGGUAGGAAUUUUUUCCACUUGGUGAAUUGGCACUGGCCAUUUGGUUUUUUCCGCCUACCUCAUAGCAAAUCGUCACAACAUCUCUUGGUUAUGGCGGUUAGGCAUUGGUAGGGGUAUUAUUAUGUAGAUGUGUUUAUUAUGUAGAUUCCGGGGGGCGUUGCCUCGUCCGAAACCUAUGGAGGCCAGGGCCUAAAGCAUGCCCCCGAGCGGUGACCCCAGGGCUCCCCCUGCUGGUGUUAACCCUUUCCGGUUUUCAUGCUAACAGGCUGAAGCUGGAUAGUCUGAUAGGACCAAUGCCUAAAGCCAAUACCGCUCUUACCUGUAAUCAAUAAAGUUGUGGCCAAUUUUUGCCCAUUAACCUUAAUCAAUGGUGUCCUGUAUCUUUAUUUAUUCCAAUUGGGGGGAGGCGGGAAUCGCCACACAAAAAACACUUUGGCAGCCCCCAAAACAGAAAGAAAAUACUCUGAGCAUGAUAGAGCUUGUAAACAAUGACUCAUUCUGGUCUUCCCUUAGAGCUUCUGAAAUCCAUCAUGACCACCUUGCCUGAAGCCAAUGCUAAAUUUGCUGUUGACUUUUUUCACCGUGUGGCCCAAGAGCUCACAGAUAACAAUGUCUUGCCGUGCCCUGUGAACCUCAUCUCGGCUCUAGGCCUGAGUGCUUAUGCAUCUGGAAAUGAACAGGCAGCUGCGGUCGAGAAGGUGAGAAUAAUCAAGAAGAAGAGCUGCAGCCUUCAAACUAGGUUCGCUGGCAAAUAGCUUCCCAUCACUGGUCCACACCAAUUAUUACAGUUACAGUGGAUCCUUGGGUUACAUACCGCUCUGGAUAUGUAACUUUCGGGUUGUGAACACAACAAACCCGGAAGUGUAUACUUCCGGGUUUUGCCGCAUAUGCAUGCGCAGAAACAGUGCCUCUUCUUUCAGGGUGCGCACGGACCCCCAGAAUGAAUUAAAUUCAUAUCCAAAGGGUCCACUGUAUUGUUAUAAUCACUGGUUACAAUUCAUUUAAAUUCCCCCUCCCCUUUUUCUUUUAUUUAAUUAAACAAAAAUUAGUAUUAAAUAAACCACCAUCCACACAUACAGAGGCACCAGAUAUCUAUUUAAUUACAUUUAACUUUUAAGUCAUUUCAGUUCUUAAACUGAAUUAAAGUGAUUAUAACAAAUUAUGAAUUAUGGUGUUUAUAACAAGUUUCCAUGUGCACUUAGAGGCCCAUAACUACUCUUGAUGCUGCAUAUGUGAUAAAACUAUCCCAGGUUGAUUGAAAAUCAGUGAUUUUCCUGUCUGUUCAGCUCUCUCACACAUGGGUUGUGUCAGUUUGUCCAUUAAUAUUAGGUCCCAUAGUUGUGAGAUCCAGAUCUAAACUGCAUUUAGAGUCUUCCAGUCAUGCAGUAGUAGGUAAGCAACGAGAUCGUUCUGGGAAAGUUGUUGAUCAGUUUCUGAAAAUUAUUAUAGAAAUGCUAUUUCCGAUUCCAAAGGGAUUCCUCAAAUGUACUGAGCCUAUUUGAUUAUUUCUUCAAUCUGAACAUUUACUUUCUCAUUACAAUCCUAAAAGAGCUUCUUAAACAAGGAUGUCUUAGAAUGUGCAUGCCUGGAAGAAAGGCUGUAUACAAAAGCUGAUACAUGUGUAGAGAUGUAAUAUUACUGAAUCGCUUCAUAGACAAUAUAUGUAGGGCUGCCAUACAUCUGGAAUUUCCUGGACAUAGCCAGGAUUCGUCUGUUGAAAAUUGUGUCCAUGCAAUCUUUUUCUCAAAUAGGUCAAAUUGUCUGGGAAAACCAGACAUUUUGGGGGGGGGUGAAUCCCCCCCCAUAGCUAACAAACUUCUUUUUCUUUGGAGAUUUUGCAGAAAAGGAAAAGGAAAAGAAAACAUUUUGUGUCUGGAUUUUGAAAUAUUGCAACCCUAAAUAUAUGAUUAUGUAGAAUAUAUCCCUUUCCUCUGUUUCUCAAUCCCAAUGUGACUUGUUACUAUCAAGUGAAUGUAAUAGUAACUCAAACUUCAGGUUGCCUGAAGCUCAAUAGAUGUUUUCAUCAUUAAUUUGGCAUGGUUCAGAUAGGAUGUUCCAAACAUGUCAAAUCAUUUGCAAGUUUGAGAUGCAAGCAGAGAUCUACUCUGUGUUUGAUUGACAGUGACACCUUGUGGUGUAUGAGACCUAGGAAACCAUAUAUUUUAAGUUCUUAAGUGCUGCUGUUAUUUCGCCUAUCCAACUGAAGCCAUGUUACCAUUUUGUGGGGAAAUAUAUUUGAAGGAAGAGUGUUCAAUCAAUUCUUCACAUGAGAGUGCAGACAUCAUUUCCACAAAUGCAUUUGCGGCAAAAUACUCAGAUGUAAAACUCAAGUGAAACAGGCACAAGAACAUAACAAAUAUUUGCAUCUUCCUCUGCAGUAUUGGUGCAAUCUUGGGCAGAAUUUAACUAAAUAAUUGCAGAAGUGAAAUGACCUUUGCUUGUGCACUGGGAUUACCACCCAAGACUAUCCCAAAUAUGCCACCCCCAAAUCUGCUCCAGAGGGUUAAAGCGGGGACCAGAACAGAUUUGGUAGGCCCAGGUGAAAAGAGGGAGGAAAGUCCCACUGUGCAAGUGGAAGUUAUUCCGCUCAUACAAGGAGAUAAUUAGCAAUAAGUUGAACGCAGCACUUGGUUUACGGGACGUUUUGAAAGGUUCAUGUGUUUUUAUGCCAAUGAAGAUUUCUUUUUAAUCAUUUUUAUUGAUUUUCCAAUAAAAAACAUCCAAUUAAUAUAUCCAAUCGUAAUACUCCAAUUAAAAUGAAAACUAAAAUAAAAAAGACUAAAUUAUAGUCCAAAUUAUAAUUAUUAAUUUUUCAGAGCUCCCCACGGUCUGGAUCUCUGAAGCAUCUCUCCACAUCUCAGUCCUGCCUUUCCUCAUUGUUUCCAUAUUUUCCACACCUCGAUUUUGACGCUUUAUAAUUCUCUGACCCUGAGUCCACGAUUCUCAAUCUUCUGCCAGUGAAGAUAUCUUAUUCCUUUCCUCUAACUCAGUGAUGUCCAACAGGUCGACCGUGAUCUACAGGUAGAUCAUCUGCGUGAUCCUGGUCAAUCAUGGUUGAUCACGGGCAAGUAACGUCCCCACCCCCGUCCCAAAUAAACCUCAGAAACUCUGUCUACCCCCUCAAAAAAACUCUACAACUGUCCACUCCCCUCCCAAAAGAAGCUCAACAACUCUGCCAACCCCCCCCCCCCAAAUGCACACUCCUCCCCACUCCAAUGACAAUGGAUACAUCACUGCCAGUUAAUUUAUACUGGUAGUAGAUCGCAGUUUCUUAGGAGUUGGAUGCGCUGCUCUAACUGAACUGGAAUUGAAGAACCUAUUGACAGAGAUGUUUCAUUGCAGGCACAGAAUAAAGGUGCUAGCUGUCCCAAUCCGAAAACCCAUCCUAAACCAUCACAUUUAAAACCUAGUGACAGCAGAUGAGACUUUUGCCACGCACCUCCUUGCUCUGAGCUGAACCACCUUGCCAUAAUGCCUAAGUUGUGAAAUACUUGGGAAGUCUGAUCUAGAUCAAUGUUACAGAUAUAGUGACUGACCCGAGGUCAUCCGGUGAAUUUCACUUCUGGGCAGGGAUUUUAAAUCUGGAUUUGUGUAUUUCCUUCCAACUUUUCACUGGAUCUUAUAGUAAUACAUUGCGUGAAAUCAUUUGAAACUCUUGCACGUUAGGAGCUGAUGUAACUGAGCGCUUUGCCAGUAAAGAAUUAAAAAUUCGGUCGCUUGGCCUUGUUGGUUUGCACAUAUUCGGGACAUAGAGAAGUUAAUAAUGAGAUUAGCAGCCAAGAGUCAUGAGAAUUAACCUCCUUCUUUUUGAAUCCUUAGGAUGUUCCCUGCUAUGAGUGUGAGGAGCCUGAAGGAAUCCAUACGGCAUUCAGCAAAAUCCUUGCUACUCUUAAUGAGCCCAGCGCCAACUAUACCCUGAGCUUUGCCAACAAGCUCUAUGGAAACAAGGACAUUGCCUUCAUCCAGGUAACUCUAAUUUUGGCCCCUAUGGGUGCUCCACUGCACUGUGAGAACCAAGUGCACAUUCCAACCUGCAACUGACUGUAUUCUACAUAAAUGGGUUCUUCAUCUACUGCCAACCUGUGAUGCUGUACCUCCUUCCCGGGCCACUAGAGGGAACUAUUACAGUAAUGAUUACCUGUUGCAUGAAGUACCGGUACUCCACAACUAAAAUCCAGUGUUCGGAAACUAGGGAAGGACACCCAAAUCCAAGGUAGUUAAGAAGUAGCAGUGGUUAAGAAGGAAGCCUAUCAAUAAAAAUCUCUGCUGGCUUCCAGAAGGCUAUCAGUAAUAACAUUUCUAUUAUGCAAAACCCUUGAGGUCAUGAAGCUGUACUUCUAAUACAGUGGUACCUCAGGUUACAUACGCUUCAGGUUACAUACGCUUCAGGUUACAGACUCCACUAACCAAGAAAUAGUGCUUCAGGUUAAGAACUUUGCUUCAAGAUGAGAACAGAAAUCAUGCUCCGGCGGCAUGGCAGCAGCAGGAGGCCCCAUUAGCUAAAGUGAUGCUUCAGGUUAAGAACAGUUUCAGGUUAAGUACAGACCUCCGGAACAAAUUAAGUACUUCACCUGAGGUACCACUGUAAUCUCAAAUCAGAGACGAACCUGGAUGUUAUAACCGAUUUGUUAUUCUUUUAAAUUUACUGAUACAUGGAUUCAGUUUUUCUAAUUCUGUCUAGAAAUUCAUAUUCUGUGCUCUGAAACUGUACCUGACUGAAGUGGAUGGAGUUGAUUUGCACAAUGCCCCCGAGGAAAUGAGGAGACUCAUCAACCUUUGGGUUGAAAUCCAUACACAUGGUAAGACCACACAAUGUACUAACAAAUUCUUCCUGACAACUUUUGUGAAAGGAAAGCUUCUACUUGUUGUUCCUCAUUUGAGUGAUCUAAAAAUCAGCAUCUAAAUCUAUUUUACUCUCCAAGAAUAACCUAAGAAACCAUUGUCGCCUCUGCUGUCCUCCAAACAUGGUAAAAGGAAAACUGGUGCUCAUGAUAUUUUAUUUGCUUCUUAAAGCACCCCAAAGGACCACUCAGGGUAUAAUUAAGUACUUAAUCUAAUUAAUCUACUCAAGCUGCUCCAGUUACCCUCCAUAAAUAGCUAGCAUACAUGUUGUACACUCCUUUUUUAUUUGAAGUGAUACUAUGGAAUAUAAUAUUUCAAAAACCUGGAUAUUUUUCUUAACCCUAUUAUAUCCAUUUCUUUGCUAGGUAAAAUCAAGGAUCUUCUCCCCAAGGAAAGCUUUGAUUGCUUUGCUCAGCUCCUGUUGGUGAAUGCUCUCUACUUCAAAGGACAAUGGGAAGUGAAAUUUGACAAAGAGCUCACAGAAGAAGCCCCGUUUUACCCACAUCAUGCAGAUGAGGUGAGUUGUAAAUAUAUGUCUAGCUUCCUUGCUUCUGUUGUGCAGAGACAAUGAGAGCAAGUAGGUGGGUAGCCUUGCAACUUCCAAAUUUCCUGAUUUUCAUGGGAGUUCAGUUGCCCGAAUAGCGUCUUGAUGGAAGUCACUUGAAAUACUUGAUGCAAGGAAGGCUUUGCAGCGCUGAACUGAACCCUUUUUAGAUGAUGGCUCCCACACAACUAGGCUUAGAUGUCUUAAAGCCCCAUGAGUAACAACAGAGUUUCACUUGGCCACUAACCACCAGUCUCAUUAUUUCAAUUAAGGAAGAGGAUAACUUAUUUUAGCAGGAUUGGUGCUGAAAUCUUGGAAGAGAAAAAUCUUCUCUCUUCAUUCUGGGAGUUUGAUGGAAUCAUGUAGCCUUGCAAAGAACUAGAAGGCUCACUACUUCUUGCAUUUUAGAGGGGCGAUCCUUACCAUUAUAUUUCUUCCAGAUUUAUUCAUUCAGGAUAAACAGAAGAUAUUGGGCCUCUCCCCUCAAUCUUGCAUAUCUUCUUCUUCCAAGGGGGCUUCUAAAAAAAAGAUGUGUUUCACAGAUGGUGCCCAUUUUAUCCAUCUCUCCCUUUUUCAGCAAACCAGAGGCAGUCUCUUGGGGUGGAAAUCUCACCUUUAUAACUUGGAUAUUCAGAAUCAGGGGAAGGAAGGAACCUCCUAAAGCAAAAUAAGUUGCUCCUUUUAAAUGUUUACUCCUUUUCUUUUCUUUACAGAAGGAUUGUCAUACCGUGCAGCUGAUGCACAGGAAAGGUGUCUACAAUGCAGGGACAAUUGACCUAUGCAAUGUUCAAGUCCGGGUUCUUGAGAUUCCCUACAAAAACAAUGAAAUGAGCUUGUUUGUAUUGCUCCCAGUAGACUGCAGUGUGGAAGCUCUUCAACAGGUAAAUCAUAUUCCUGCUCCUAUGCCGACAACAACAACAAUUUAUUAUUUAUACCCCGCUCAUCUGGCUGGGUUUCCCCAGCCACUCUGGGUGGCUCCCAACAGAACAUUAAAAACACGAUAAAUCACCAAACAUUAAAAACUUCUCUAAACAGGGCUGCCUUCAGAUGUCUUCUAAAAGUCAGAUGGUUGUUUAUUUCCUCAACAUCUGAUGGGAGGGCAUUCUACAGGGCGGUGCCACUACCGAGAAGGCCCUCUGCCUGGUUCUCUGUAACCUCACUUCUCGCAGCGAGAGAACCACCAGAAGGCCCUCAGUGCUGGACCUCAGUGUUCGGGCGGAACUAUGGGGGUGGAGCUGAGGCCAUUUAGGGCUUUAAAGGUCAGCACCAACACUUUGACUUGUCCUUGGAAGUGUACUGGGAGCCACUGUAGGUCUUUCAGGACCGGUGUUAUAUGGUCUCGGCGGCCACUAGUAUCCAUGAUGCUCUUCUCCAUAACACUUAUAUGGAUUUAAUAAUAUUGUUGUGAAAGGACGUACUAUUACCUACUUAUCUAUUGUGGUCACUAUUGCUUUGAUUCAACCUGGGACUGAAAUGAUAUCACUGCCAUUUCUGUGUGUGUGUUCCUCUAGCUGGAAGGUGGACUAAGCCAUGAGCAUCUUCUUGACUUAUCCUGUGAUCUGAAGCCCGUAGAGGUGGAAGUGGCUCUUCCCAAGUUCAGCUCAGAGAAGAGAACUGAAAUCGACCUGGUUGAUCGAAAAAAGGGAGAUUUCUCUGGAGCAACUACAACAGAGAACGUGGUUCUGACUCAGUUUAUCCACAAUGCUCUAUUUGAGGUUGAUGAGGAGGGUGGUGAAGAAGCAGAGGCAGUCCAUUGCCCCAAGGAUAGGCGUCCACGUCGGGAACCUGUGGAGAUUCUGGCUAACCAUCCUUUCCUCUUUUAUGUCCUUCACAAACGCACCCAAAGCAUACUUGUUUUCGGCAGAUUUGCAAAACCACAAUAA